ACACCAACAAGUUUUCAAUACCAUUGUAUGGACCUGAAGAGAAGUGUGUCCACUGUUCUUACUUACCUUCCUGUUUUUCCCAUCAACUCAGCUUGCUUUCCUAACUAGUACUCUCUCAGCUGCACCAGCACCAGCACCAGCACCAUCUGUAGUAUCUACAAGAUUUUCCCUAUGGGGAACAAGUACUUGUGGCUGGUUUUCUGUUUGUGGGCUUUAACAUGCUCACUUCUUCCUUCUUCCUCCUGUGGACUUAUGCGAAUUGGGUUGAAGAAAAAACCUCUAGAUCUUCAUAGUAUUAAAGCAGCUAGAAUGGAAAGAGAAAAGCUAUUUGGAAGACCUGUGUUGGGUGCAUAUGAUCAGAAUGUUGGUAAGCGAACCGAAACUGAUGAUGGCUUAGUACCAUUGAAGAAUUAUUUGGAUGCGCAAUAUUAUGGAGAGAUUGCAAUUGGCACACCCCCACAGACCUUUGAUGUCAUAUUUGAUACCGGUAGCUCAAACCUCUGGGUUCCAUCAUCAAAGUGCUACUUUUCUAUUGCCUGCUACACCCAUCAUUGGUACAAGUCAAAGAAAUCUAAAACAUAUACCAAAAAUGGAACAUCAGCUACAAUAAGAUAUGGAUCUGGAGGAAUAUCUGGUUUUUUCAGUCAAGAUAACGUUAAAGUUGGUAAUAUUGUUGUCAAGGAUCAGGAUUUUAUCGAGGCUACCCGAGAAGGAAGUAUUUCCUUUGUGUUAGCGAAGUUUGAUGGAUUAUUUGGGCUUGGGUUCCAGGAGAUCUCAGUUGGGAAUGCUGUGCCAGUAUGGUACAAUAUGGUGGAACAAAAUCUUGUGAGUGAGCAGGUGUUCUCUUUCUGGCUCAACGGGGAUCCAAAAGCCAAAAAGGGCGGUGAGCUAGUUUUUGGUGGUGCUGAUCCAAAGCACUUCAAAGGAAAUCAUACUUAUGUUCCUGUUACUAGAAAAGGUUACUGGCAGAUUGAAAUGGGAGAUUUUUUCGUUGGAGGUUUCUCAACAGGUUUUUGUGAAGGUGGCUGUGCUGCUAUUGUGGACUCAGGAACAUCUUUGCUUGCUGGUCCAACUACUGUUGUGACUGAAAUUAACCAUGCUAUUGGAGCUGAAGGAGUUCUGAGUGUAGAAUGUAAGGAAAUUGUUGUUGAAUAUGGAGAGUUGAUUUGGGAUCUUUUGGUAUCAGGGGUACGACCUGAUGAUGUAUGCUCACAAGUUGGUUUAUGUUUUGCCAAGAGGGAUCAACCUAAGAGCGUCGGGAUAGAGAUGGUGACUGAAAAGGAACAGAAAGAGUUGACAGCUAAAGAUACUGCUUUAUGUAGUUCCUGUCAAAUGCUUGUAGUUUGGAUCCAGAAUCAACUGAAACGAAAGUCAACCAAGGAGAGAGUAUUCAGCUAUGUAAAUCAGCUUUGCGAGAGCUUGCCAAGUCCAAAUGGAGAGUCGGUAGUAGACUGUAAUAGUAUUUCUCAGUUGCCAAACAUUACUUUUACUAUUGGAAAUAAACUUUUCACCCUAGCUCCUGAGCAGUAUAUUUUGAAAACUGGAGAAGGCAUUGCAGAAGUUUGCCUUAGUGGGUUUAUUGCUUUUGACAUUCCUCCUCCACGGGGUCCUCUCUGGAUUCUUGGCGAUGUUUUCAUGAGGGUAUAUCACACCAUCUUUGACUAUGGGAAUCUCCGAGUUGGUUUUGCUGAAGCUUCCUAAUGAGAUCUCCGGGAGAUUAUGUAGGGACUAUAUUUGAUGAACUUGUUAGUGUGUUGUAAAUAUUAAAUAAGCUCUUCUUGUAACUACUAUGAUGCUGGUUCACUUUAUCGAUGAUACAUAAAUGUACUCAUAUAGGUUAAACCAUCCACGUUGCAGUAUUGACUGCUUGUACUUGAAGGCAUCUUUUUCAUUUGUUGCCUUGUUGAACCGUAGUUGAUAAACUCUUUGAUAUGGAUCAAUUUUCUGCUCUA